UCGAGCAACAGUUGAACGGCAGCUGCCAAAGAAUUCGCAAAAAUGUCUGCAGGCAAAGCUUUCUAUGUCAAAAAUAAUAACGGAACCCAAGUCCAGGCAAUUGGAUUAGGCACAUACACGUCGCUGGGCGGAGAUUGCGAGAGGGCAACAUUACAUGCAAUUGACGUUGGCUACCGGCAUAUAGACACCGCCUACUUCUACGAGAACGAAGGCGAGGUGGGCAGGGCGGUGCAACAGAAGAUAGCCGAGGGCGUCAUCCAGCGCAAGGACGUCUUCAUAACCACUAAGCUUUGGUGCCACUUCCACGAGCCGGAGAGGGUGGAAUACGCCUGCCGCAAGACGCUGCAAAACUUUGGACUCGACUAUGUGGAUCUCUACCUGAUGCACUGGCCCUACUCCUACGUGUAUCGUGGCGACAAUGACAUGAUGCCCACCAAUGCCAAGGGCGAGGUGGAAAUGAGCGACGUCGAUUACCUGGACACCUGGCGUGCCAUGGAAAAGCUCGUCGAGCUGGGCCUGACCAAAAGCAUUGGCGUGUCCAAUUUCAAUUCCGAGCAGCUGACACGCCUCUUAGCCAACUGCAAAAUCAAGCCGAUUCAUAAUCAGAUCGAAUGUCAUCCAGCGUUGAAUCAGAAGCCACUGAUUGCAUUGUGCAAGCAACACAAUAUUGUGGUCACCGCCUACUGUCCGCUGGGCCGUCCUGAUCCUGCCAAGAAACAGCCGAGCUUCAUAUACGAUGCCAAGGUCCAGGCCAUAGCCGAUAAAUAUAAAAAGUCAACGGCACAGAUAGUGCUGCGUUAUCUGAUCGAGAUCGGAACUGUGCCGCUGCCCAAGUCCUCUAAUCCGAAGCGCAUCGAGGAAAACUUCAAUAUAUUCGACUUUAAGCUAACUGCAGAUGAUCACGCUGUGCUGGAUUCGUAUAAUACAGGAGAGCGUUUGAUUAAAAUGGAACAUGCUAUUAAGAACAAAAAUUAUCCAUUUAAUAUUGAAUAUUAAGCUUUUAAUUUUUUUUAAU